AUCGAUUCGGCCCCGUCGGCCUGCCACCCUCUUUAUCGGGCUAUUUCGUUGUGUGGAUUGGAGAUAAUUUCUAUUUGUACUUAUUUUGACCACCGCGCGAUGGCUGAUUUUCUCCUCUUCGAGGGUCCAAUAGGCUACUCCCUAUUCAAGGUCGUUCACCAAGCCGACACUGUGGGAAAUAAGUUGAAGGAGGUGCAAGACAACCUACAAGACCUUGCGAAAUUUGGGAAGAUGGUUGAAUUGACCAGUUUCUUGCCCUUUGAAAACAACAAGCAGGCGCUUGGCGAGAUUAACGACAUUUCUGAAGGUGUUGCCUCUGAGACACUCGUUUCAUUCUUGGACUUGAACUUACCGAAACCGAACAAGAAAAAGAAGGUUGUGCUGGGUGUGUCCGAUAAAGCACUUGCUGGAAGCAUUAAGGCGGCCUUCCCGUUUGUGGACUGUGAAACUGGAGACACUAGCGAUGUUGUCCAGGAUAUGCUACGAGGUAUUCGCUUACAUGCUGGCAAACUCCUUAAGCAACUCCGUGAAGGCGAUCUGAAUACUGCGCAGCUUGGUCUUGGUCACGCGUAUUCAAGAGCCAAGGUCAAAUUCUCAGUACAGCGUGAUGACAACCAUAUCAUUCAAGCAAUCGCAAUUCUUGACCAGCUGGACAAAGCAAUAAAUACAUUCUCUAUGAGAGUCAGGGAAUGGUACUCGUGGCAUUUCCCCGAACUCAUCAAAAUCGUAUCCGAUAACCAGCGCUACGCCCGUGUCGCGCUUUUUGUUCAGAACAAGAACGAUUUGACCGAGGAGAGGCUACACGAUUUGGCUGCUAUAGUUGAUGAUGAUGAGGGUAUCGCCAGGAGCGUUAUUGAUGCAGCCAAGCACAGUAUGGGACAAGAUAUCUCACCGACAGACAUGGAGAAUAUACUUGCCUUUGCUAAGCGCGUUGUGAGUUUGUCGACGUAUCGUAAAAACCUGCACGCCUAUUUGGUAUCAAAGAUGAGCGUUGUUGCACCAAAUUUGGCAGCCCUGAUUGGCGAAGUGGUUGGGGCGCGGUUGAUUUCGCAUGCGGGCAGUUUGACCAACCUCUCCAAAUACCCGGCCUCAACCGUGCAGAUUCUUGGUGCGGAGAAAGCUCUUUUCAGAGCCUUAAAGACUAAGGGAAAUACCCCCAAGUACGGACUGCUAUACCAUUCGUCUUUCAUAGGCCGCGCCGGUCCCAAGAACAAGGGCAGAAUCUCCAGAUUCUUGGCCAACAAGUGUUCCAUCGCAUCAAGAAUUGAUAACUUCUCUGAAACCCCGUCCACCAAGUUUGGCAAUGCCCUUAAGCAACAAGUUGAGGAAAGAUUGGAAUUCUAUGCUACUGGAGCUGCCCCAACUAAGAAUGAAGUCGCAAUGAAAAAUGCUAUGGAUGCUGUCUUAGCGGACAUCGAUGUUGAUGAAGCUGGUAGUGACGUGGAAAUGAAGGAUACUGAUGAAGUGACUGAAAAAAAGAGUAAGAAGGAAAAGAAAGAGAAGAAAGAGAAGAAAGAAAAAAAAGGCAAGGAGGACAAGAAGGAAAAGAAGGAAAAGAAGUCUCGAAAAUCCGACGCUGGGGAGGCAGAGGAUACUCCAAAGAAGAAGAGAAAGCGGGAUAGUGAAAUAGGAUCCUCCAAGAAGAAGUCGAAAGCAUGAUAAUUUGUAUUCCAUUGUCCAUUUAGGAGUAUUUGUCGUUGGGGCGUUUAAACGGAUGUUCUGUGCUUAUUUCCUGUUUCUAUGGUUGAGAAGGAUUUUGUAUUCGCAAAUGUAUUUAGUUUCGUAUUUUCUCCGAUGAUUUGAAUUUUGAAUUCCCCCCCUGAUUAUUG